AUGCAUCUCUCAUCAUGCCUGGUCUUGGUUGCCGGCAUUUCAGGCGUACACGCCUUUUUCCCGUGGGAGUUGAAAUUGCGGGCAGAACUAGGCCAGGGCUCAACCGAAAAGAAAAACGAACGUCGCUUUUUGCCAUGGAAUUUGAUUGAACCCAAAUCUGAGGAUGACAGCUCCGACUCGAAACCUUUCACUCUCGACGUGAAAAAGAUGCCCGUUCGUCGUGCCAAUAAUUACACCAUCGUCGAGGCGUAUACACCGUCGCUGGAUAACAGUGUGCAGUUGAACCAGGAUGGAACGGACUAUUCAUACUUCUGUCCAAUCCAGAUAGGUUCCGAAAAGCAACUCAUGUGGAUGCAAGUCGACACCGGAGCACCCAGUACCUGGGUCUACGGCUCGCAAUGCGACAGACCCAUUUGUCAAAAUCGCCGCACAUUCAACUCAUCAAAGUCCACCAGCUACGAAAAAUACUCAUCGUCGGGAUUCACUAUCUAUUACGGCAGUGGCGAAAUUGAUGGAGAGCUGGGGAACGACACCAUCUCAAUCGCAGGUCUCGAGAUAACGCAAACUUUCGGCCUAGCUACCAAUGCCUCCGAGCGUUUUGAGAACUAUCCAUUCGACGGCAUCCUUGGUCUGGGGCGAUCCUAUACAAAUGGGUGGAAACUGCCAUCCUUCAUGGAUAUUGUCGCCGACAAGAAGCUCCUCAAGUCAAACUUGGUUGGGUUUAGUCUUUCUCGCGCUGAAACUGAUGCCAAGGAUGGAGAGGUCAAUUUUGGUGGUGUCGAUACAACCAAAUUCGAUGGCACCAUCUCCUAUACCCGCACCGAAGGCGAGGUCUGGAGCAUCCCCAUGGAUGAUGCUUAUGUAAAUGGGCAAAAGUGCAACUUUUCCAGAACCUUGGCUACAAUUGAUACAGGAACCACCUAUGUUCUGAUCCCUCCCGAUGACGCCAAGACGCUCUUCUCUCUUGUCCCUGGUUCCUUCCAGCAGUCGGACAACCCGAGCAACUACCUGGUGCCGUGUACCUCAACUGCAACCAUCGAGUUUGAGUUCUCGGGUGUUAGAUAUAACAUCUCUCCCAAGGACUACAUCGGUAGCGCCCUUGAGGAUGAUCCAGAUCACUGCAUUUCGACCAUUGUCAGUUAUGCACAAAACAACGCAACCUGGCUUGUGGGCGAUGUCUUCUUGAAAAACGUCUACACGGUGUUUGAUUUCGACAAUGCGCAAAUUGGCCUCGGGGCGCUUGCCUCUUCCUCGGCCGAGGCCCAGAACGCGACCUUGGAGUCAAUUUCCUCUUCUGAUUCCUCUUCCGGCCCCUCUUCCCCAACCCCGGUGGCGGUUCCCGCUGAGGGCAAUGGGACAUUCACUCCACCGCCAGUCGCUACGACUACUACGUCGGCUGCGGAAGCGACUUCCUCAUCGGCGGUUUCGGCCGCAUCCCACUUUACUCGUGGCAUUAGCUGGUCUAUGCUCACUGUUAUCAUUGGCGCAUUUGCUAUCUGA